UAGGGUACUUACUACUACAGACUACGACGGAGGAAAUCGGGGACAUCAAGAGGAAAAAAUGGAGACACGGCACUGGAUGAAUUAUAGCCACCGGGGAUGAGCAAGGAGGGGAGGGGGGAUGAGGUAUCCAACGGGUUGAUAGACAGGGCGUUCUUGUUGCAGCCGGAGGUUCAUUGCAUAGAGCGGUUGCGUUGUGCAUGCAUCUUUGGCCGUCAUCUUCGGUACUUCUGUUUCUUCUUCUACUUCGCCGUCGUUUGGGCUAAGGCAUGGAUAGCUGGGUCCCUAGGUAGGCAUAACAUACAUACAUGUAUAGGUACGUUGGCUAGGCUUAUAUAUUACCUAGGCUCGACUUGCAUUUACCUACUCCCUAUUGCCAAUAUUCAUACGGGCCAUGAUAUAAUCCAUGUAACCUAGUAACAUCUUGAUACGAUUUUCAAGAUACAUACAUGUCUAGAAUGCAUGUUGGUUUCUCCAAAGUCAUUUCCUAUAUACCCCGUGCCUAUCUAGGUAAGUAGAUAUAUGAAAGUAAAUAAAUAUCUACAUAUAGAAAGUCCCAAGAUGCCGACAUAAGACUAUAAAUUUCAAGGCUCA